CAGACCGACACGCUCUAUCGCGCCAUCUUAGUCUUUGAAUGCCAGUGGAAAUUCAAGCAGCAAGCCCACAAAGCGCCAAGGGAACAGCUGGCCAGGCCUAUCGAUAUCGAUAGCCAGACGGGAAAGCCGUUAGACAACACUGGCGGCACCGAUAAACAGCAGGGCCAAUCGAUAGCUGGGUCGAAGAAGGAGGAGGAGAAGCAGAGGAGAAAAACAAAAACCAAUUGUGAAAAGGAAAAGUGUAAAGUUUAAAUCGAAGGAAAUUGUGUAGAGAAAACGGAGGACACAACGACGCACCUGCCGAAACUAAACGAAACGAAACCUACCUUUAAAAACUAGGCUUUUUCUGCGGUUUACAAACUAACCCACACAGAGACACACACACGAACGCAAAUCGUCAUUCUCCCCUUUUUUUUUUUACUUUUGCGAAAUCCAAGACGAAGGCUAAAUCCACAACAAAUGCAGAUUGGAGCUUGAUUGGUUCACGAUAAGUGCCGACUCACGCGGGAUCAGCAAACUAUAGCCGAUCUAGAUCACAGCUGUCGAAGACGAGGAAAAACAUACCACCAUGUCCGUGAGGACAAAGGUUCUGGGCCUGGUGGACGUGAUGAUGCGCGUUCCACCGGUGAUGGUCAUUGAUGAGAUCUUAAAGAUCGGCAUGGGCCUGCCUACGCGGCUCUAUCCGGAUAAGGGUGGCCCAGAAACAGUUGCCAACGAUACCCCGCCAACGGAACCCCCACCAGGUACAUCACCCAACCCAGAUCCCUUCGCCAGCAUCAAGGAGUUCUUUGGCCAAAUGAGUACAUCCGCCUCUGGAUCAGUCCAGUCUGCCCUCGAACAGAGUAUCGAUAACGCCUCCAAAACCGCUAAAACUCAUGGAAUGCUCAGCUCCGGAUUUAAUACCCUAAUGGACGAACUGUCCCAUGACCAAACACUGGCAGAAGUCCUCAGCCUCACCACGGUCAAGUUCGUCAUCUGCCUGUUUGGUUUCCUGUCCGCCGCUUGCAUCUUCAUGUUGUGGACCCGCCACCUGGUGAUGGUCUACAUGUUCCUCACCUCGCUGGGCCUCACCUUCCUCUCCUACUGGUCCAAUGUCAGUGCCCUGGCCCUGAUGGAGCGGAGUCCCAGCAUACUGGAGGAUCUGAUGUCGCUGAACACCACGAGAUUACUGGAUUCGGGCGGGGUGGUCAUGUCGCUGGCGCCUCAUCUGAUGGCCCAGUGGUUCAUGGGCAUGCUGUUUGCCUACAUCCAUCUGGGUCCAAGGUUCGAGAUGCUCCAGAAAUCAAUGCCCAUCAUAUUCGCUAGUCCAAUUCUGGUGGCCAUGCUUCCACUGCCGCCGAAAGUGGCGCAGCACUUGCCCGUUGUAGCCGGAUUCGCACCCAUCAUACUCACGAAGAUCACGCUGAUGCAUAGCGCCAUGGAGGCCAGUCGAACGGUCUACAAUGGAUACCAGUACGCCAUGAACUUUGUGUCCAACUUUGGACUGUCGGCGCUCAUAGAAAAUGAAUGGCAGCGCCUGAAUGUUCCCAAUGUUUUGAGGGUCUUUUGGACCAUCAGAAUAAUUCAAGGCGGAUAUGCUUUGGCCACCACUGAGACGGAUGAGCCCCUGGAACUGAUGCCAGCUACGCAGAAACUGCUCGUGGAUGGCUGUGAAACCCUGACGGCGGUCUUAGGAAUGACUGGCGUCAUCUCGAUGAUCUGCCACUACAUCGGACGCGGCUUCCAGUGGUAUCUGCUGACCUACGACAACGACGAGGAGAAGUCGCUGGGCACUGUCUCAGCAGUGCUUUUCUAUAUCCUUGCUCUGCAGACGGGUUUAACCUCCCUAUCGCCGGACAAACGCUUCAUAAGACUCUGCCGGAACCUGUGCUUACUGAUGACUGCUCUGCUUCACUUCCUCCACAACAUCGUCUCACCCAUUUUAAUGUCGCUAAGUGCGGCAAGGAAUCCCUCACGAAAACGCCAUGUGCGCGCCCUCACUGUCUGCGCCUUCCUCGUAGUGAUGCCCGUGUCCCUACUCUACUACCUAUGGUCUCAGCGAUCCAUCUCCACCUGGUUGCUGGCGGUUACCGCCUUCUCCGUCGAAGUGAUAGUCAAGGUGCUCGUUUCGCUGGCUACCUAUACACUCUUCCUGCUGGAUGCCCGGCGCCAGUUCUUCUGGGAGAAGCUGGAUGACUACCUUUAUUACGUGCGUGCUUUUGGCAACUCGGUGGAGUUCUGCUUCGGCAUCCUGCUGUUCAUCAAUGGAGCUUGGAUUCUAAUCUUCGAAUCGGCCCAAAAUGCUACAGGCGGCGCCAUCAGAGCGAUCAUGAUGUGCAUCCAUGCCUACUUUAAUAUCUGGUGCGAGGCCCGGGCGGGCUGGUCGGUCUUCAUGAAGCGGCGUUCGGCGGUCCACAAGAUCUCUGCUCUUCCAGAGGCAACUCCUGCCCAGCUGCAGGCAUUUGAUGAUGUCUGCGCCAUUUGCUAUCAGGAAAUGUAUUCUGCCAAGAUCACGCGGUGUCGUCACUUCUUCCAUGGCGUCUGCCUUCGCAAAUGGCUAUAUGUCCAGGAUCGCUGCCCCUUGUGCCAUGAGAUCAUGAUGUAUACAGACAAGGCGGAAGAAAAUGCCCAUGAUGCAGAGCCAGCGGCGGAUGCCCAAGCUGAACAGCCGCUACGUAUCUACCCGCGAGAUGAUGGAAACAAUGCUGGUGCGCCGCGACGCUCUCCUGAGCGAAUUCCAGUCGAGAUGCCUGAUGUGGCCCCCACUUCCUCCAAUGCAGCAGCAGUGCGGAUCGGAGGCGAGGCAGCUGCAGCCAUCGUAGAGUCAGCAGCGGCUAUCGGAGAGGCGAGAUCUCUGGGCAGCAUUGCCAGCAACGCCACGCAGAGAAUCAGCGCCAGCGGGAGCAGUGACAGCAGCUAUAUCUCAGCAUCCGCCCAACCGCCUCCGCCGACGGCCACAUCCGCUGCUGCUGUGGCCACGGCUGCGGCCAGCAAUACGACGCACAUGUUCCGGAUGUCGCAGGACCAGCAGUAAAUCGGAUCGGAUCGACGGAAACUGGAGCGCUCGGCGUACCUUGUUUUUCUUAUAUAUCUUACUACUUGGAAAUGUUCUGUGUGUUAGUGUACUUAUGUAAAAAUUGCGAAUCUUUGUAGCGAAAACCAAGGCUUCUCUAAUCCUUUAAAGAGCAAUCUAUUCCUAUCACACAAAGACACACACACUCCCUAGCACACAAGACACAUGACAACCAAACAGCACACACCCUUGAUCCUCAUAUGCACAGACAUUUACGUAUAUAUAUAUAAAACACGCAGCCAUGCUUAACUAAAUUAUAUACCAUGCAUAUAAUAGCGCGCUGAUCGAUAAUGAGACGAUAAUUGAACCAGAGAUCUAUGUACGUUAAGUUUAUGGUAAAAGUUGAUCCAAAAAUGUUGAAACACACACAAAAAAAUGUAGCCCUAAGUUUGCAGCGGAUAAAAGCAGUGUAAAAAUACCAUCAGCGGAUAAAAAAAACAAGAAAAAAACAAAAAACAAAAACGAUAAACAAACAUUUUAUGUGGUGAAGUCUGAAAAUGAUUUAAUCAAGUUACCAAGUAAAUCUAGUUAAAAACAAAACACGAAAUCAGCACAGAUGAAAAAUGAGAGCGAAACAAAUGAUUGCGUUGUAUAAUUUUGUAAUGUAAAAAUAACUUGAAUAAGAGAAUCCUUGUUUUGUUUUUUUUUAUUUAAAUUACCUAUGUACGUUUAUUUAGAUUUAAUGUAAUUAAACGAAAGAAGCGGAAAAUACAGAAAACAUUAAAAACA